UGCGGAAAAGAACUAAAACAAAAACAUUCCUGUGUUUACUUUCCCGCCAUUGCGAAGAGGAACGAAAUGGCUUCCAGAACCCUAACGGACUUUUUCCAACCCGCUUCGAAGCGCUUGAAGCCCACGCUCCCCCGAUCCUGCAAAUCCGAUGACGCCAACGCCUCCACCCUCUCUGUGGACCAGAAGUCGCGCGUGGAAUACAACAAGCUCCUCGCCAAGUCCAAGCGGAAUCUCAAACUCUGCGUCGAGAGGGUCUCCAAGACCAAAGGUCUAACUGGCGUGAAGCUUGAGGAGUUGCUGGUGGAAGAAACAUGGUUGGACGCUAUCCCUGGAGAACUUCAGAAACCAUAUGCUCUCACUCUCUCGAAGUUUGUGGAAAGUGAGAUUUCGAGCGGCGACGACGUCGUAUACCCUCCCACGCACUUGAUUUUCAACGCUCUUAACUCUACCCCUUUCGAUAGAGUCAAAGCUGUCAUCCUUGGCCAGGACCCUUAUCAUGGACCUGGUCAAGCUAUGGGGCUUUCAUUCUCAGUUCCUGAGGGAAUCAAAGUCCCUUCAAGUUUGGUGAAUAUAUUCAAGGAGCUUCACCAAGACAUUGGUUGCACCAUUCCACCUCAUGGAAAUCUUCAGAAAUGGGCUGUGCAGGGUGUUCUCAUGCUCAAUGCUGUUCUCACAGUCAGGAAGCAUCAAGCAAAUUCUCAUGCCAAAAAAGGCUGGGAACAAUUUACUGAUGCUGUUAUCAAGACAAUCUCACAGAAGAGGGAGGGAGUUGUGUUUCUGUUGUGGGGAAAUUCUGCUCGGGAGAAAUCCAGGUUAAUUGAUGGAACAAAGCAUCACGUUCUUACAGCCGCACAUCCUUCUGGUUUGUCUGCACAUAGAGGCUUCUUUGGCUGCAGGCACUUCUCUCGCACUAACCAACUUCUGGAGCAAAUGGGGAGUGAUCCCAUAGAUUGGCAACUAUAAUUUUUAAGGGAGUAUUUCGAGGAUCAUUUUUGAAGUCAACUUCCUUUAAUGUAUAUACGAUUAUGUCGAUUGCACAUCUACCUAGAAACAUGUUUUUUUGUCAAUAGUUUGGCUAUGCGGUGCUUUUCCCUUGAUGUAAUUACUGUAGUUUGGGAUUUUGGCUUAACUAGGUUUCUGUCGGAUACUAAGGGUCUGUUUGGAUAGGCACUGCGGGGAUUGAUAUGGAAAAUUGAUUGGUCCUUAAAAGAGGAUAUGUGUAGUUGAGCGUUGGAGAAUUGAUAACGCAAAAGUAAGGGUCAGUUGAUUUUUAUUUA